AUGCCGUCAUCAGAGCGCAGGGCCCAGGUGGCCAAGCUCUUUGGUAUAGACGCCCGACCAGAGGAACCCAUCCCCACCAUCUCCCACGCCGACCCUUAUGCUGAAGAUGACCCCUCCGUAUCUGAAUGGGCCGAGCAGUUUAUCCCCAGCUUUGACGACAUCAGCAACUACUUUGUCAACCUUCUCCCGUUUACGCGAUGGAUUACCAAGUACAACCUAUCCUGGUUUGUGGGUGACUUGGUCGCUGGACUCACUGUCGGUUGCAUCGUCGUCCCUCAGGCCAUGGCCUACGCCCAGCUCGCCCAGCUCCCUGUUGAAUACGGCCUUUACUCUUCGUUCAUGGGUGUCGCCGUCUACUGGUUCUUUGCCACGUCCAAGGAUAUUACCAUUGGUCCCGUCGCUGUUAUGUCUCAAGUUACCGGAAACGUCGUCUCCAAAGCCGCCACUGAACUCCCCGGUGUCGAGGGUCACGUUAUUGCUUCAGCCCUCGCCGUCAUCACCGGAGGAAUCAUAACCGCCAUGGGCCUCAUCCGCAUUGGUUGGAUCGUCGAAUUCAUCCCCCUCCCCGCCAUCUGCGCCUUCAUGACUGGUUCCGCCGUCAGCAUCGCCGCCGGUCAGCUCUGCAAGCUCAUGGGUAUAUCGGGAGUCGACACUCACCAGGGCGUUCAUCUCGUCAUCAUCGACACCCUGAAGGAGUUCCCCAACUCCACCAUCGAUUCUGCCCUGGGAAUCAGCGCCCUUGUCUUCCUCUACAUCAUCCGCGAAGGCGCUGCCUACAUGGCGAAGAAGCAACCCAAUCGCGCCAAGAUUUACUUCUUUAUCUCAACCCUGCGAACGUCUUUUGUCAUCUUGCUGUACACGGCCAUCAGCGCUGCCUGCAACGUCCACCGUCGUGAAAACCCCAUGUUUGACAUUGUCGGGAGUGUUCCCAGCGGCUUCCGCCAUGCCAAGGUUCCUGAAAUCACCUCCGACAUGUUCAAGGCCUUUGGCAGCGAGCUGCCCGCAGCCGUCAUCGUCAUGCUCAUCGAGCACAUUGCCAUCUCCAAGUCGUUUGGCCGCAUCAACAACUACGUGAUCGAUCCUUCGCAGGAGCUCGUCGCUAUCGGGGUAACCAAUCUCCUCGGUCCCUUCCUGGGCGCCUACCCCGCCACCGGCUCCUUCUCGCGUACCGCCGUCAAGUCCAAAGCCGGAGUCCGCACGCCCUUUGCCGGUGUCUUGACGGCUGUUGUCGUCCUCCUCGCCCUCUACGCCCUAACGGCCGUCUUCUUCUACAUCCCCAACGCCGCCCUCGCCGGUGUCAUUAUCCAUGCUGUGUGCGACGUCAUCACGCCCCCUCGCACUGUCUACCAGUUCUGGCGCGUCGCCCCGCACGAGGUUCCCAUAUUUUUCGCCGGUGUCUUUGUGACCGUCUUUACUACGAUUGAAAAUGGCGUCUAUACGACCAUUGCCGCCUCGUUUGCUGUCCUCAUCUUCCGCCUCUUCCUCAGCCAGGGUCGCUUCCUCGGCCGUACCCGCAUCCGCACCGUGGGCCGCCCCUCGGCCGCCGCCGCCCGCUCUGCCAGCAGCGAAGGUGACCUACCCAGCAAGAGCGCUCACAUCAGCAGCAAGGCCAUGUCCGAAUCUGGUGGUGACGUCUACUUUGACGAUGAUGGCGUCGAGAUGUCCCUGCGCCCCGGAUUCCUCCCGGUCGAGCACGAGGACGGUAGCAACUCGGAGAUUGUCGUCGAGAACCCGUACCCCGGCGUAUUUGUGUACCGCUUCUCCGAGGGAUUCAACUACCCCAACGCAUCGCGCUACCUUGGCCACCUGACAGAUGUCAUCUUUAAGUCUACCCGCCGCACGGACCCCUCUCGUCUGGGCAAGCUGGGCGAUCGUCCGUGGAACGAGGCUGGUACUGUCCACAAGGAAAAGGCUGAGGACGAGUCGCGCCCCACACUCAAGGCUGUGGUCCUAGAUUUCUCGGCCGUCAACAACAUCGACGUGACGUCUGUGCAGGCCCUCACUGACACGCGCACUCAGCUGGACCGGUACACGGCACCUGAUACGGUGGACUGGCACUUCGCCAACAUUACCAACCGGUGGACUAAGCGUGGUCUCGUGGCUGCAGGAUUCGGUCUGCGCAAGGCCGACGACGACCGCGGCGAGGCCAUUUUCAGUAUUGCCGAGCUCAUGGGCAGCAGGCCGACCCCUGACGCGUCCAAGGCAGACCUCCCAGAUAAGCGGCACAGCGACAUCGAGAGUGAGGGCGAGUCGGCAGAGCCCCUAACAGCCGAGACGCGCAAGGUUGUCAUUCACGGUCUCAACAGGCCCCAUUUCCACUUUGACCUGCACGAGGCUGUCGAGGCGGCUGUCGCCGAUGCACGGACCAAGAUUUUCUAA